AUGCAGAAGAUGUUGCAAGAAAUGGGGUGGAUGAAGCCACCUGCCACUCCACAACAGUCUGCAGCUGCAGAUGCUUCGCAUGUUGCAAAGGCCAGCGAAUCAGACCAAGCUUUGAGUGGAACAGCAAUUCCGAAGAGCCCAGACCAAGGUUUGAAUGGAGUUGCUGUGACCAAUGGAGCAGACAAAGGUCCUUUGAACGGAGUUGCCACGACCAAUGGAGAAGACAAAGGUUUGAAGACGACCAGCUCAGCAGACGGUCUGACUGGACCACCGGUUGGGACAAACCAAGGUUUGAACGGACCACCCGUUGCAAAGACCCCAGGGGCAGAGAAUGAUUCGAAUGGACCAUCAGUUGCAAAGACCACUGUGCCUGCAGACCAGCGUGUGAGCCCACCGGUCACUACGACCGUUGCAGUCCCAAGUGUGGCUGGGCAUCCUGACAAGAACAAGCCUCUCAGGAUUGCGCCGUUUCCUCAUCAGCCGGCUGCAAGUGGCAGUGGUGAGGAAAUGCCCCCUGCAGAGCCCCUGCAGAACGUCAAGGAAGAACCCAAAUUGGACCAGAGGCAAACGUACUCAAGACGGGCGGCUGCCAAUUUGAUUCAGAGGUUGCGAGACAAUCCCAAGAGAGUGGAGGGAUAUCCGGCUUUGAAAAAGGUUGCCUUGGUGAACUACGGAGAGCAUCCUCCAGUUUGGCAUGCUCGGUUGCUUCUGGGCUGGGUUCAUGGUACGACAUGGGUGAUCUUGACUCCAGAUUAUCAUGGAUAUCCUCAAGACUUGAGUUUGGCCAACCCUGACUAUACCGAUUUUGAGUUUCUGGGUGCGUCCACUCGUCCUCCUCCUAGGAUUCCACCGGGUCAAGUGUAUGGAUUUGCACCCUUGGACCCUGGGACGUUGGCGAAUCACAUCCGUCAGGGCCAGGUAGAAGCAGACAAUGAGAGGAUUGCCUUGGGACUCCCUCCAGUUCCAGCACCUGUUGCUCCAGCAGCUCAUGUGGGGGAUGAUGUUGCCCGGUACCAGUUAGAAGAUCUCAGAGUUUUGCCUGUGAAGUUUGAUGCUCAGGGCAUCCGUAGGCGAGAAUUCUCAGAGGCUGUUGCUUUGAUGGUGGACACUCCGCCGCAGGGUGGUGGUCUUCAAUUGGAGGGCCCAACAUCGGUGCUCAAUGUCUUGAAGAACAUGCGUGAUCAAGCCAUGACACCAACAAGUUUCCAUGAGUUUUGGUUGAGGAGUGCUGAUAUCCCGAAGGGAGAUAGGUCCACCUAUGAACACGAAUGUCUCAGCAGGAUCCUGGUCAUUCGUGAGGCUCACCGAAUUUCCCCUUCAUCCCCUGAUUACAGUGCAGCCGAUUACUUCAUGGGGUGGAAAUAUCGCAGAGGAUUGCAAGGAGUUGACAAUCAGUUGGCUCAGCAUGUGGCGAACGAGAUGAAAGCAGAUGCUGCAAUCAUGAAAGAAGCCCGGAAAGCCAAGGAAGAAGCUCAAGCCCGCAAGCGGCUAGCGUGGGGGUGGGACACCUUGGAGCCGCAGAAUUUUGUUCUUCAGGUCGAGGACUCAAUCCCUCAUUUGAUCCCGACAAGUCGAGAGUCAGAGAGCUUUUUCCUCUUCCUGCUGUUGUUCCUCGCCCGCGCUGCCCAGGCCAAUCUGUUUCGUCGCGAAGGAGAAGCCAUGAGGCCUACAAGCACGGUUAGAUCUUAUGACCGAGACCUUGUCUCCCUGCCUCAAAGCGGGGAUCAGCCUGUUGAGCUAUUGGAGGUAUUGGAUGAUGUUGGUCGAGAAUAUGUCAAAGAUCCUCUCACUGCCAUGAUGAUAUCUGAGGAGGAACAUGGGGAGUUGAUUGAAAAAGGUGACACAGUGAGGCCAUACAUGGAUGUCCGGCUGCAACGUGAACAGGACACCUAUGAGCAGUUCAUCUUGGACCUGUUCAAGAGCGGCAUGCUGGAGUUUACGUGUAGACCUCAGGAUUUAGUGACACCCUUCUUCGUGCACAAGAAGAACAAUCGUCUCAGAUUUAUACUAGAUUGUAGAAUGGUCAACAAGAGAUUCAAGAGACCACCGGGAAUGGCACUUGCGGCGGGCUCAACGUGGAGUCAGGUGUCGGUGCCUCCUGGUGACAACUUGUUCAUUGCCCAGAGCGACAUUAAGGACUAUUUCUAUUCAUUAUCAUUGCCCCUUGCGCUUAGGCCCUAUUUUUGCUUGCCUUCAAUUCGCUUUAGUUUGCUGCAGGAGUGGGGUGUUCCGGUUCAUCUUCAUCCACAAGGCAUACAAGAAGGGUUGGUGUUUCCAAUGCUGCGUGUCAUUCCAAUGGGUUGGUCGUGGGCAAUGUGGAUAUCACAAAGAGUCCAUCAAAACAUCAGCCUUAUUGCAUCAGGCCUUGACUCCAGUCGGGUGGUGGUGGAUCAUCGAGCUCCUCCAGACUUGUCAGGCGGGGUUCCCAUCAUCAUUCCUUAUGCAGAUAACCUGAACGUCGCAGGGACUGACCAACAAGCUGUACAAGACACAAAGGACAGGAUUGUCAAAGUUUUGAGAGGCCAUGGCUUCCGAGUGCAUGAAGAGCUUGAUGCUUCUGAUUGCGCCCAGAGCUUGGGCUUUUUGAUCGAUGGUUCCAAUGGCUUGGUCGCUCCUGUUCCUGAGAAACUGUUUAAGGUACAGCAAGCUUUCCGUUGGUUGGCUGGGAGGCCCAAAGUUAGGGGAAAAGAGGUGGAAAGGUUGUUGUGGCAUGCCACUCAUUUGAUGAUGCUUCGAAGGGAGCUGCUUUCAAUCUUCCGCAGUCUGUACGACUUUGUGCAAGGCGUUGCUGUGUGCUGGUCUGAGGGCUUAGCUCCCGAUAUAGAUCGGAUCGGCUCGCAGAAAGAGCCCUGGCGGUAUCGGUUGAAAACUGACGUGCAGCCCCGUUCAAAAGCAUUACAACAUGGCGACCCUUUUCAUGACCCUUCCACUGUAAAACCUAUUGAUGUCACUGAAGUUGAUCCCUAUGAACUUAACUAUGAAUUUGAAGAGGUGCCAGAUGAGAUUCUGGACUCCAACAAGUGGACAGAUGCUUUUUCAGUUCGAAUGCAGAUGCCGGAGCAUAUCACUUUGUUGGAAGGCCGUGCAGUCGUGGGGCUCUUCAGUGAAGCAGGCCAGGUCCAUGAGGGCACAGCCGAUGCCAGACAAGCUGCUGAGGACCGUGAAGGAGAAGGUGAAUUCGAGGAAAAGAAAGAUCUCAGACAGGGACGAUCCAGUGAGAUUUGUAGGAUGUGGCCCGCGGCAUCAGCUCCCAAGAUCGAGGUCCAAGUCACGACCGACUACAUCGCCUGCGUUCAGCCUUGGCGGUCAAGCAGCGGGGAAGAUGGAUGGCAGACAGUUCAGUAA